UUGUUUUCAGUUCUUUGCUUUAUUCCAGACAGAUUUUUCAGUCUUCCUGCAGCAGACCCAAACCUGUUUGUUCUGAGGGAGUCUUUCAUCCCAGCCUUUUGUCCCAAGCUCAGAGAGAGCCCAUGUUUCUUUACAGCUGUAAUGUGAGGCACUCACUGUCGAGUCUUUUUAGUCUUGCAGAAAAAAAAUGAGCAGUGUAAUAGGAGGGUCUUUUUUUUUCUUUUUUGUAGCUAUAAAGUUAAUUUUUGUUAAUUUAUUAGGUCUCUUCAGGUUGAAUUCUGUACUGAAAGGAUGUUCACUGAUCAGUUGUGCUCCUUUCAGCACCGACCUGCAAAGAUCUGAUUACUCGAUUCCAACAUUACUUGUCUUACGUAACAAAGUCCCUGAAAGCAAGAGCUAAAUGAUCAGCACAAUUUAGUUCUUUCCUCCUCCGUUCUUUUCUACCAUUCUGGGUCUGAAAAGCGCUCUGUUUAGAAAACAAGCUUUCUGGGGUCAAUACUACCGCUCACUGUAUUUUUACCCUGACUGGUAAAACUAGAUAGGUUUCUGUAAUGUUAUCUAGUCUCUCGGCAAGCAAUGGCAGAUGCUAGUGGCCCUGCAGCCCAACAUUCUGUCAGAGACAGUUUAAGUGAUGAAGAAAAUCACUGCUCUUUUGACAGUUUGUGUAAUUAAUUUCCUUUGCACACUACGUAAGAGUAGUUAUCCUGGGGCAGACCCCGGGUUCAGCUAGUCCAGGAUCUUGUUUCCAUUAGUAGUUGUUAGCGGACAAGCCCAAUGACAGAGCUUGACUCAGGACUGUCAACUAAACCAUAUGUGCAGGUGCUUUUCAUACCACUUUUUGAACAUUUGCAUUGGCUUGUGAACAGAUGAUUCUGCCUCUAGAAUUUGUUAGAAUUAGACCUUUGAUUAUCUUGCUGUUUGCCAGAGCUCUCCCUGAAGAAAUAGUAUCACAAAAGAAGUAGUGCUACUAUCACAGAAAAGGAGUGACAUUGUAGCUGUUAUUAAAAUAAUUUUUGCUUAUCAGUAUUCAUGAUGUACAAAAGUAUGUAUUGUGAUACCACCAGGUAUUGCAAUACUUCAGAUGUCUCAGCUGAGCAAUGCGAAAGGCGUUGGAGUGCUCUGUGCUGCAGCUUGAUGUCUCUCACCGUCUGUUUUUCUGCCUCUUGUAGCUCACUUGCCACUUCUGGUCAGUCUGAUUUCACGAGUCGAUGAGGAGGUGCUUGCUAGAAGGUUUUGUCACUGAGAUGGCAGCUGAAGGCCAUCUGGCCCCUCUGGUGCGGGUCCCGUUCCCCCCCCAGGCCCGCUGUGGUCAGGCAGGUGCAGCCGCAGGGUGGGAACGGGCCCGUACUUGGCUUUCCUGAGGGGCCUGGGGGGAGACAGGUAGUGCCACCGAGCUGCGGGCAGGAGAGGAGGGCACUGGCAGAAAGAGGCGAGGCAGUGCACGGCAAGUCACUGACUAGUGUUUCACCUAGCAGCUAACGAAGUGUUGGCGUAUUGCCUGUCUGUGCUGCAAGAGCAAGGUUGCCUAAGAGCACCCUCUGCUGAGUCCUGCGGUGGAAUCAAUAGCGGGUCAGAAGGAGCAGCCUGUAUCGCAAGGGCCGGUGUCCCUCGCGACUAAGGCAAUGAUCUAAUGUAAUCUGUUCAGUAGAUUUAUAAACAUAUAUAUAUAUAUAUAUAUACACACACACGUGUGUGUAUAUACAUUCAGCAACUUUAUGGGAAGGUAAUUCUUCAGGGUAUUCAAGAACUGCUUUCUGCCCCAGCUAACAUUUGUCAAAAAUCAUGAGCGAGCUUGGUGGGUUGUAAAGCUGCGCAUUUAAGGGCUGUAAGUUUAACCUGGGCUGAAAGCGCCUCAACUGCAAAAUGCAAUUGCAAAUGGUAAAGGGUCUUUACAUGCAAAUAGAAUUACACAUGUCCAAUGUGAGAAAUGCAGAAACAAAAGGCACUGUUGACAGAACAAAUCCAGUGAACUGGAUAUGUAUUUGGCCUCAUGCACUGGAAACUGCCCGAGAUAAUACCCUUACAGAUGCUGCAUUUUGAUGUGUAAUUAUUAAUUUCUUUGUGGUGUCUGCAUGCAUGCAUAUUCCUCAGAAACAUCCCAACUUUCCCAAAAGGGUAGAUGAAUCUUAAAUACUGAAAAUGUGUAUUUACUUAGUGCUUUACUUUGAUACUGCACUUUUUCUUGCAGUUUAUAUCAUACUGAAGAGUAGGGAAAUACUUUGGCUACAGUCAUUUUACAUACUAUUUGGAGUGCUUACGGUGGGCAGACUAGUUCAGGCACAAAUUAUGGACUAGUAGUCAUGUUACCUGAUUUUUGUUGGCACAGUAUUGCCUGCAACAGUACUUGGGUGGGAAUCGGAGCGAGGAGAGGUCCUAGAGGCAGUCAAGGCAGAUGUAAAUUUUAGAAACUGGCUUUUGGUUUGACAUCAGCAUGUUUUUAUUCCCCACUCCCCCACCCCUCACCAAUGAGGUAUGAAGAACAGUUAGUGUUUGCAUUUCUGCAGGGUGAUCUUGAUUAAGAGUGGAGCAGCAGUUCUGUAUAGCUAGACUAGAAACAUUAAUUCUUUAAAAAGCAUCAUUUGAUCUCUAAAAGUAGAGUGUGACGAGCUGCACAAUGCAGUCUUGGUGCAGAAAAUGGCUAACAUUUUGCAGACAAGAAAAAGAUUUGAGAUAGUUAUGGCUGGCCGGCCUUCAGGCAUAGUGUCUGUUUCAGGAAAACUUGAACUAGGAAAUGCAACUGCUCUUCCACGUUUCCUUAGAUUCUUUCAUCACCUCUGUCCGGCAAAGUGUCAGUGCAGUCUGCUGGAUUGCUGAUAAUCCUCACAGCGUAGAGAAGCCUGUAGAUGCUUCUGGUGAAAUAAUAUGCAAAAAAUUCACUGUUUGAAUGAGGCAAAUUUCAUCUAUGGAGAAUGGCCUUUCUGAAUUAAACCAAAGGUUUAUCCAUCUGCUCUUGUGCCUGACAGUAGCAAGUAGUAGAUUGCUAGGGAGACAGUUAAAUAAUACAGGAAACAUAAUUUCUCCUAGUAUACCUCCCAGAUGCAGGCAAAUACCUCAGGACGUUUACAGUUUAGGGACUUGCUAAGCCACCAGCUGUAGCCUUGUCUUUGCAUUUAACGGUCCUUGAGAGGCUCUUCUUCGAUUAAUUACUUUCCAUCGAAGUAGUCAUUUGUUGAACUCUCUUGCUGCCACAGCAUUUUGAAGCAGAGUUUCACGUUUUUUACAAAGCAGUGUACAAAAAGGUUUUGUCAUGAGUGAUCAUUUAAUCAAAUUCUCCCAGUUUUCCUGUUUCAAGCAGUUGUGAGAGAGUGGAUUUGCAGCUGCUUUCUCCAGGCCAGUUGUGAUUUCCCUGUCCAGGGACCCUCUCUUCCAGGCUGAGGAGUGAUAGUCACUUCAGCAUUCCUUUUACAGAAGUUAUUGACUGUCCUUGUGCUUGAUCUUCACGCCUUACUGUAUUCUGCUAUAUAAUCUUGAAGAAUUGUGGGCAAAUUAGCAUGCAAAAUAUGAUGCUCUAAAAAAAGUAAUUAGUCCCAUAUAGAGUCAGGACUCAUUGGGAUCUCAGUCAGGAGAUGUUGGAGCUCUGUCAAGGGCCCAAUAAUUCCAUAGUUAACGUUCCAUGGUUUAGUGCAGACCAGACUACACCUGUCAUUCUUCAGUUCCCUUUAAACUACAGAUUUCGUACUGAUUGUGCAGCAAAAUACAAAAGCCAACUCACAGUGUAUUUGGUCCAUAGGCACCCUGCCCCCGCCCAUCCCACUGCCAAAAAUUUGUGGCACAUUUGUUUGGGGUCCAGACACCAUUGCCAGAGCAGAAAUGGGAGACUGGGCUGCUUUUUCCAUGCUUGUCUGCCUGGAUAUAUCAGUAGCAAUUUGAAUGAAUAUAUUGACAUCUGGUUCUUCUAAAAAGCUUUUUUAAUUGCUUUUCCUCGGUGAGAAUGGCAAGGAUUCGGAUUCCUAGCACAAUCAUUAUACUUUUUGUUAUGGUUCAGACUGGAUUCUUACUCUUCAUGUAUGCCCGGUACAGUAGCUUCAUGCCUCAGUCUGAGCAGAAACCAUCUCAAGUCCACAUCCUCAUUCUCUCCUCCUGGCGGUCGGGAUCUUCUUUUGUCGGUCAACUUUUCAGCCAGCACCCCAGCGUCUUCUACCUGAUGGAGCCCGCAUGGCACGUGUGGGUUACGAUGUACCAGAACAGUGCCAAGGUCUUGCACAUGGCAGUGCGGGACCUAGUCAGGUCGGUCUUUCUGUGUGACAUGUCUGUAUUUGAUGCUUACAUGCCUUGGAAAAGAAACUUGUCUGAUCUUUUCCAGUGGGCAGUGAGUCGGGCUCUGUGUUCAGCUCCUGCUUGUGACUCCUUUCAGCGUACUGACAUAACCAGCGAAAUGGCAUGCAAGACUCUCUGUGGACGGUACCCAUUCAGCAAGGUGGAGGAAGCCUGUAAAACUUACAGGCAUGUUGUCAUCAAGGAGGUUCGAUUCUUUGACUUGAAGGUCCUCUACCCCCUUCUCACUGAUCCAUCCCUGAAUCUCAAAAUUAUUCACUUGGUCCGUGACCCCAGGGCAGUUGUCAAGUCACGGGAACAAUCGGUCAAAGCACUAGCCCGUGACAAUGGAAUUGUUUUGAGUACCAAUGGCACUAAAGUGGAAGACAGCAAAUACAAAGUAAUGCAAGAGAUUUGUAGAAGUCAUGUUCAGAUUUAUGAAACGGCUACUCUAAAACCACCUAAUUUCCUUAAAGAUCGCUAUUUAAUGAUCCGUUUUGAAGAUCUAGUAAGAGAUCCAUUAUCGGAAAUCUCAGAAAUGUAUAAAUUUGCAGAUCUUAGUUUGACCCCCACACUCAAAAGCUGGAUCUAUAAUAUCACACAUGGACAGGGACCCGGAAAAAAAAAAGAAGCCUUCAAAAUCACAUCUCGAGAUGCAGUUAGUGUUUCACAGGCCUGGAGAAAUGUUCUUUCCUUCCAGAAAAUUAAGAAAAUACAAGAAGUGUGCAAAGGUGCUAUAAACAUGCUUGGCUAUCAGCUGGUGGAUUCAGAAAAAGAACAGAGAGAUCUGUCCUUGGAUUUAGUGUUGCCAAGACGACAAAAUCAAUUCAGUUGGUCAUCAUUUAAUCCAAAGCACUGAGACAUUCUUUUUGAGAGCUCUGGGUGGGGUGGGUAGACGGUUGAUUAUUUGUCUACUGUGCAGCAUAUAGGUAAUUUGAAAAUCCUUGGCUGAUGAGUUUAACUAUCUUCCUGUCUGCUGUUUUUCUGUAAUGGAGGGAGGGGUUUUUUCUGAGUUUCUUACACUGCAAAAGCAAAAAAAAGCGUGAGAAAUGGUGUGAGAUAUUUGUCAGAUUGCAAAUUUACAGCUGAGCUGUCCUGUUCUCGGCAUCCUUUUAAAAAUAUAAUUUACGUACUUUCUGUUUAAACAUGAAUUGUCAAAGAUGUUUUUGUUCAUUGAUAAUACUUCACUUCUGUUUUCAUGCUUUAAAUAUUUAAGAAUCUCAGUUCUUAAUUUGUAUAAAUGGAACAAAGUAGAAACUAAAUUCCUUCACUUUCUUCCAGAAUUGCUUGACUUUCUUCUUUUGCUUUAAAGUUGUUGUGCAGUUGUGUAUUUGUUUUUAGACUUCUCUUGAUGUUUUUAAUUUUAACAGAAAAUUUCUCCAAGAGCUGGGACAACUGCAGCAGUUCUGUUGUAAAAGGCUUAAGCAGGAAAUUAAUUUAUUGAUAGAUUUCUUAGUGCUUUCCCUGGAAUGGCAAAAGUUGCAGUCAGAUGCUUGAAUGUGAUGUUGGCAGGGAGUGCAGAAAGCAAAAGAGACGAAGAAACUUUGAGUGGAGUCACUGUGGAAAUAGCUUGUUAAUGCUGCCCCAGCCGUGCGUUCUAACACUGCAACACAGAGCAGGCACACACUUGCUCCUGCAGCGCCGUUCAUACCAUUGUCCUCUCUCUUCAGAAUUGCAAGUUGUUGUUAAUGAAGAUCACUGAGAAAUUUAAGGCGCCUUGGAAAUCGGCAUAUUGAUUAUACUGCUGUAUGGAAGUGAUCAAGUCGAACAACUUUGGUAGCAGAGAUGGACAUUUGUGUAUGGGCGUUUUGUUUGGGUUUUUGUUUUGUUUUGUUUUUUAAUACAGCACAUCUCAGGAUGGUGGUGUGGUUCAACCCAGCAGGUAGCUCAACACCACACUGUUGUUUGCUCACUCCCCCCCUCUCCCCAGUGGGAUGGGGGAGAGAAUCAGAAAACAGUAAAAUCUGUGGGU